ACUCCCCAGGAACCUGUUUAUCUGCUUCCUGGCCAGGCUGGGGCUCCUACUGGAAGGACAGGGGACCUGGGCUGGACAUGGCCUCAGCCCUGAGCCCACCCCGGGGCCCCAAGCCCAAAGGCGUGCCACCUUCACACUACUAUGAGAGCUUCCUAGAGAAAAAGGGACCCUGCGACCAGGAUUACAGGAAGUUCUGGGCAGGCCUCCAGGGUCUAUCCAUCUGCUUCUACAACAGCAAUCGAGACUUUCAGGCCCUGGAGAAGCUGGACCUGAGGCUGUUCUCAAAACUUAAAGAUGAGUCUCCAUGGGGAAGCUCAAGGGACACUAGCUAUCACUUCAGCCUGGUUCUCCGGGACCAGGAGGUCAAAUUCAAGGUUGAGAGCCUGGAGUCUCGUGAAAUGUGGAAAGGAUUUAUCUUGACUGUGGUAGAGCUCCGCGUCCCAUCUAACCUGACCCUACUGCCCGGACACAAGUACAUGAUGGCCGAGGUUCUGACCAAAGAAGAGGCGCGGCGGGCGGCCGAGGUGCCCUGGUGCUUCCUGCAAGUGAGCCGGCUGGAGGCGCAGUUACUCCUUGAGCGCUACCCCGAGUGCGGGAACCUGUUGCUGCGUCCUGGAGGGGAUGGCAAGGAUGGUGUGUCUGUCACUACACGGCAGAUACUCAACGGGUCGCCAGUAACCAAGCACUACAAGGUGAAGCGGGAGGGUCCUAAGUAUGUGAUCGACGUGGAAGACCCGUUUUCCUGCUCCUCACUGGAAGCUGUGGUCAACUAUUUCGUGACACACACUAGGAGGGCGCUGGUCCCCUUCCUGAUGGAGGAGGACUAUGAGAAGGUUCUAGGCUUCGUGCACUCGGAUCAGGAGAAUGGUGAGAGUGUAUGGGCAGUGUCCUCCUCUCCGGGCUCAGGCCCUGCAACCCAUGCUAAUGUCCCGAAGCCACUCCCACCUGUGUCUGUGUCCAGCCAGGAGGACAGACUGCCUCCACUACCUCCCCUGCCUCAGUUACAGGACCAGGAUGAGAACUAUGUGACCCCCAUUGAAGACUCCCUAGCAACUGAGUACAUGAAUCAUGAUGUGUCUCCCUCUAGUCAGCCAGUUCCCUUGAAGCCCAAGAAACCUGUGAAGCUCCCAGCAAAACCCCCGAAGCCACCAGUUGUGCCCAAACCGGAUCUCAAAGCCAUCAAUAGUGUCUGGGCCAGGAAGCCGGGUGGCAGCUCACCCCAGGCUCCCUCCCUCCUGACAAGGCUGGGGGAUAUCACGGCCGAGCUGGAAGAGAAACUGCAGAAGAGGAGAGCGCUAGAACACUGAUCCGAGCUCCCAGGGACUAGUGCCUAUCUCAGGACACAGUAGUCUCCUACCAGCUGUCCUCACUUAGGGGACUGGACAUGCUCAGCAUGAGGAAUGAGCCUGUUUUCCAGUGAAGCACAGAGCCCUGGGAAGAUUUGAGGCUAGCCUGAGCUGCACAAGAUUUCCACAGCAGCCUCGGCUACAGAGUGGGAUCUUGUUUAAUAAAGCAAAAAACA